AACUCUUACGUUACUAGUGUGUGCAGAGUGACUAAUGAGUUUGAAUUCGAAAAUCACUUCCAUGGCACACCGCCUCUUCGUUCAUCUUCCUCAUUCCCACGCCAGACUCCCACUCAUCACCUCCUCCUUCUUCUCUACACGCUGCCUCCGCCCUUCCGCUCCAUUUCCGCCGCAACCUCCACCGUCCCCAAAGAAAAUCCCAUUCACGGUAUCUGCUCACGGGAGGACAUGGCAGGACCCAUAUCACUGGAUGUCUAACACAGAGGAUCCCCAUCUAUUGGAACAUCUUAACCGUGAAAACAGCUAUACCAACGCAUUCAUGGCUGAUACUCUCAAACUCUGCUCCCAAUUGUCUACUGAGAUGAAAACUCGUUUACCUCCUUCUAUUUCCACUCCUCCUGAGCGUUGGGGACCUUGGUUGUAUUAUCAGUACAUUCCAGAGGGAAAGGAAUAUCCUGUGCUUUGUAGGAAGCUGGAAACAGAGAGAAGUGGUUGGUUGAAGACAUUUUUGUUUCGGCAUGGAAUGACAAGAUCGAAAAACGAGGAGGUUUUGCUUGACUGGAAUGAACUCGCAGAGAGAUAUGGGUAUGUCCACGUGGGAACAUGUAGAGUUUCACCUGAUCAUAACUACCUUGCAUACACAGUUGACACCUCUGGUGGUGAACGAUUUGUGCUUCAGGUUAAAGACCUUAGAAGUGGACUAAAUGACCCAAAAGUAGAAGUUGAUGGUGUUGUUAGCUUGGCUUGGUCUCGAGAUGCAAGUUCCCUUUUUUAUACUCAAUCAGAUGAAAAUCACCGACCUUACAGGGUUCUCUGCAGAAAAUUAGGAUAUGAUCUUGUGAAUGAUCUCCCAGUAUUUACAGAAAGCGAUUCCAGUUUUUGUGUGGACAUAACAAGCACAAAGGAUGGCAAGUUCAUUACUGUGAAUUCAAACUCAAGGACUUCAUCUGAGGUUUAUGUUAUAGAUUCCGGCAAUCCAAUGGAUGGUUUACAAAGACUAUGUGAACGUACUUCUGGUGUACAGUAUUUUGUAGAACAUCACUCUGGUCUAUUUUAUAUUCUUACUAAUGCUCCUUUGCCUGAUGGUAAAUGGUUUGGCGAUGAGUAUUACCUUGUUAGGUGCCGAGUUGAAGAUAUACAGUCGCCUAAAUUACAGAAUAUCAUCCUUCCUGAUAAAGAUACAAGGCUAUGUGAUAUGGACAUCUUUAAUGGACAUCUGGUUCUUUUCCUCAAUAAGAAAGGUCUUCCUAUGUUAUGUUCCUUGAACUUACCUUUCCAAAUUGAUUUCAAGGAUGAAGUAUAUCUUCAAGACCUGAAACCUUGGUACUUUCCUAUGCCAUCAAAUACAUGCAGUGCCAUUCCUGGUUCAAAUCACGACUUCCUGAAUGCAGUUUACCGUGUGGUGCUUUCAUCACCUGUGAUGCCAGAUGUUAUUGUUGACUAUGACAUGUCGAGACAGACAUAUUCAAUUGUGCAUCAAGAGGAAGUGAAUUGUGAUUCUGUUGGUCAGUCACGCAUCCCACCUUUUGAGCUUAUUAAUAAUAAAAUUCAAGAGCCAUGCAACGAUAAAAAGGAGUGUGCCUCGGAUUCUGAUUCACAAAGAUGGAAGGAUUUUUCAGAAGUAUACUGUUGUCAGCGAGAGGAAGUUGUUUCCCAUGAUGGUGUAAAAGUUCCACUAACCAUUGUGUACUCUAGGGAAUUCUGGCAAAAGGGUCAACGCCCAGGACUUUUAAUAGGCUAUGGAGCAUAUGGAGAAGAUGUUGAUAAGAGCUGGUUUUCGGAUCGCCUGAGUUUAUUGGACCGUGGUUGGGUUGUGGCAUUUGCUGAUGUAAGAGGUGGUGGUGGUGGAGGUCGUUCAUGGCAUAAAUCCGGGAGUGGAUUAAACAAACACAAUUCAAUAUCUGACUUUGUAUCUUGUGGCAACUACCUGGUUAAUGAGGGUUACGUCCACAGAGAUCAGCUUGGUGCUAUUGGUUGGAGUGCUGGCGGCCUUCUUGUUGGUGCAGCUAUGAAUAUGCAUCCACAACUCUUUCGUGCCGCCAUAUUAAAGGUGCCAUUUCUUGAUGUAUGCAACACUUUGUUGGAUCCAAGUCUGCCCCUUACAAUCCUGGAUUAUGAAGAAUUUGGAGAUCCUCAAAUUCAAUCGAACUUCAAUUCUAUUUUUAGUUUUUCUCCUUACGACAACAUCCCUCAAGGUUGUUGCUUUCCUUCAGUUAUGGUUACAGCAGCAGUUAAUGAUUCAAGGGUUGGAGUUUGGGAAGGUGCUAAGUGGGUAGCUAAAGUACGAGAUAGUACCUGCUCUCAUUGUUCUCGUGGUGUCAUCAUGAAAACAAGUAUGAUAGGUGGCCAUUUUGGUGAAGGUGGUCGCUAUGCUCAGUGCGACGAAACAGCUUAUGAGUAUGCUUUCUUCAUGAAAGCUUUUGGAAUGUUAAAUGAAUAAGUUAAUAUAUUAUGCCAGCUUCAGCAAGGUUAUUUUUUACUAGUGGAAGAGUUUUCAUGGAAAAAAGGAUGAGUUAUUUGAUCCUCCUAGUCAGUGCAUAGUCAAUCUUCAGAGAUGCAAGAUGCAGGCAAGUUUCAACAUCUAUAUUAUGUAGGUUUUAUCUUUGUAGGUAAAUUUACCGAACUCUAUUUUUACAUGAUAUAAAUUGUGACACUCUGAUGUGGAUUCAUUUGUGGGAAAAUGCAUCAGAAAAAGGAAUAGCACUAAUUCUGAUGAUGAGAAUUAGUUGUUAGGAAUUACGGUAUUAUUUUAUUUAUCUUUUUAAUUUUGAAUUUUAGUAUCAUUAGGGAUAGGAUUUAUUGUUAGAACAAAUUAUCCUAUAAAAUAGGUAAUAAUUAUUAGUAUUUAAAUGAUAUUUUGGAUAAA